AUGCCGGAAGACGUUUAUCGAAGCGGUGCGUUUCUACUUCCGUGUUUUAAUCCACUGGCACAGAUUUACAAGUGGGAAAGCACUGAUCCACGGUGCGGAGGAGAAUCUCAGCCCAUAGGCACCAACGACCCCGCGGGGCACGGACAGGGUGACGCGGAACCCGUAGCGCUAGGUGAGCCGGUGGAGGCGCUAGGCGAGCCGGUGGACGCGCUAAUGGAAGCGGAGACGCAGAUCUAUACCGGCUCCCCGGACCUCGGGACAGAAACUCCAGCGACGGAGGAGGACCUGAGCUCCCUUCGGCCUGCCAAUGACAAAACUGCGUCGAAGUUCCGCGGCGGACUAAUCGCGCCACACCAGAACGAUCCUCAUCAGAGCCGUCCCACGAACCGCCUUACUGGUGUUGCAUCGGGGCGCGUAAACCCUGAUGUGGUGGGCGAAGAGCAAAAUCCGGGAUGCACGAGGGUCGAAGGCCAGUAUCGCCCUGUCGAUAAGUCACCAAUUCCGGUUGCGAUGCGCGCUACCGAUGAGGACAUCGGUAAGAUAAAGGGCGUCGAUGUUUUGGGGCCAACAUCACCCCUCUCUGCCUCAUUGCCGGUGCUCACAGGUCCAAAUCGCAAACAUGGCCGGACCCAGCAGCAAGACCCCGUGACCGGGGACACGCUUGGAGUCAGGGGAGGGAUGCUAUCCGGCACACGGGACGAACAAGCGGUGCAGAAAGGGGGGGCAGCGUCGUUGGACGGUCAUCGCCAUGGGGACGUCAUAGACCGCAAUGCAAGCAAGCCCAAGGAUGAGGACAACGGGCAGGCCGCGCCAGGAGUAACGCCGCGGACAGCGUCACUGGGCCAUGAUGGGCGACUGCAUUCAAGUGCCAUGGCAAGACCUGAAGGUACACACCAGACGGCUAGCGUGCCUCUGCUUGCAGCUGCAUUGCCCAAUGUACCUCGUGCCGCGCGGGCUGCCGCCAGACUGCCAAACUUUGUAACGGCAAUCUCGUUCAUCGAUGUGGUAGAGCGGCUGCUGCCCAUUCCCUCUACUAUCCGCCUACCCACGGAAGGUGCUAACGAUGCGAAGGAGGCAGCCAACAUGGGAUUACCAAUCAGAGCCCAGGCUCGUGUGGAUGCACUAGCUCGAGCUGUGGCCAGGCUGCCGACUUUCGACACCGCCAUCACGUUCAUCGAUGUUGUUGAGCGACUGAUGCCAUCGCCUAGUGCAAAGCGCCCACGCACAGACAUUGAUGCGCCGUAG